ACUUUAAACCAAUUCAUAAUGAGAGAAAUAGUUCAUAUUCAAGCGGGCCAAUGUGGAAACCAAAUUGGAGCUAAGUUCUGGGAAGUCAUCUCUGACGAACACGGAAUCGAUCCCACUGGUACUUAUCAUGGAGAUUCGGAUUUGCAGCUGGAGCGUAUAAAUGUGUACUAUAACGAAGCUACAGGUGGGAAAUAUGUUCCAAGAGCAGUGUUGGUUGAUUUGGAACCAGGAACAAUGGAUUCGGUUCGUUCAGGGCCGUUCGGACAACUGUUCAGACCUGAUAACUUUGUUUUUGGUCAAAGUGGGGCAGGAAACAACUGGGCCAAAGGACAUUACACCGAAGGAGCCGAAUUAGUGGACUCAGUUUUAGACGUGGUGCGUAAGGAAGCAGAAGGGUGCGAUUGCCUCCAAGGGUUCCAGCUCACUCAUUCUCUAGGAGGGGGCACCGGUUCCGGAAUGGGCACGCUCAUGAUCUCCAAGAUAAGAGAGGAGUACCCAGACAGGAUUAUGAAUACGUUCAGCAUCGUGCCCUCCCCUAAGGUCUCCGAUACUGUAGUGGAGCCUUAUAAUGCCACUCUAUCGGUUCAUCAGUUGGUGGAGAACACAGACGAAACCUUUUGCAUCGACAACGAAGCUCUGUACGACAUCUGCUUCCGCACCCUUCGACUGACGACGCCCACGUACGGCGAUCUCAACCAUUUGGUGUCCGCCACAAUGUCCGGAGUCACGACAUGCCUCAGAUUUCCCGGACAACUGAACGCGGAUCUGAGGAAGCUGGCGGUCAACAUGGUGCCGUUCCCGCGUCUGCAUUUCUUCAUCACCGGAUUCGCACCCCUCACUUCUCGAGGAAGCCAGCAGUACCGCGCACUCACUGUUCCCGAACUGACGCAGCAGAUGUUCGACGCGAAGAACAUGAUGGCGGCCUGCGAUCCUAGACAUGGUCGAUAUCUCACGGCUGCUUCUAUUUUCAGGGGCAGGAUGAGUAUGAAAGAAGUUGAUGAACAAAUGCUGAACAUACAGAACAAGAACAGCAGUUACUUUGUAGAAUGGAUUCCGAACAAUGUGAAGACGGCUGUGUGCGACAUCCCACCCAGAGGCCUGAAGAUGUCCGCCACUUUCAUUGGAAAUAACACUGCUAUACAAGAGCUCUUCAAACGCAUCUCGGAACAAUUUACAGCUAUGUUCCGUCGCAAAGCUUUCCUCCACUGGUAUACUGGAGAAGGAAUGGACGAGAUGGAAUUUACUGAAGCAGAAUCUAAUAUGAAUGACUUAGUGUCUGAAUAUCAGCAGUACCAAGAAGCCACAGCAGAAGAGGAAGGAGAAAUGGAGGAAGAAGAAGAAGCAUCCUAAAAAAUGAACUCUUCCAAGCUGUUAAUUAAUUCAUACUUAUUCUCAUUACAUUCAACCGCAUUUAAUGCUGCUUUUUCUUAUGCUCACGAAAUUUGCUUUCCUGUACACUUUCGAAACUGAAUUAAUGUUCUUGUUUACAAUGAUUUGAACUCUUCUUAUGUAUU